AUGUCUUCAAGGAGGAUUGUCCGAAAGCAGCCCUUGCUUUCCAAGAUCAAGUCGUUUCCGUUGGAUUUCCUUCUUUACCUCAACGAAAUUCGGUUGUCCAUAGAAUGGGACGAUUAUACGGGAUCCUUGGCGUUCCCUAUUGGAACCGGUCUUAGCAUCACCACCUUGAUCAUCAAGAGCAUCUUAAGCUACUACGAGUCCAUUGAUUCCAAGUCCAGAAACAUCUUGUUCGAUUCCGACCAUCUCGAGUAUCAGCGCAUCAAAUCAUCGUUUCUCUCCAAAAGAAUUCAACAAGCAACCCAGUAUGAGGAGGUGCCCCUCACCACCUCCAUCUUGUGGCUACUCAACAUCGCGGGGUCCUUGAUCCAGGUCAUUAUGCUUAUGAACACAUACUCAAUAAUUACGAAAAAGAAGAACUAUGGAUUGUUAUACUGCCAAACAAAACCCAAAUCGGCAUCGGUCAUCAAAUCGUCCAUAGAAUCCAUAUCGUAUGUGACCCAAGCAUUCAAGUAUAUUCUCAGCUACUUGUUCAGCAAGGAUGACGCUUCAGAUAUAACUGUGGAGAUGGAUGAUGACCACAAACAAGAUGAUGAAAUAUGGCAAUUGAAUGUUUGGGACCCUUCCAAGUUUUCCUUGUAUGUUUUCAUUGGUUUGAACCCUAUCAACUCAUUGAUUAUCCACAAUUUCAAUCCUGCAAGCUCUUCACUCCUAUACACAAUUAUGUUGAGUUUGUCGGUUUCUUUGACUAUUUAUUUCUUCAUCGAUAACUUUUAUGACUUACUCAACGAUAAACAGAUUCUCUAUCAAGAGAUGUUCAACGAGUACAACAAUAAGUUUGUGAAGCCCAAAACUUCCAUUUUGAAAAAAGAUGUGUUAAUUGAUGCUACACUCGGACCAUUUGAUUCAUCUAUUUUGACUGAUAUCAGGCCAUAUGCAUUCAACAAGCUGAAAUUGUGGGUUACUCAUGAUUUAAAGGGCAACCAAGUCGUUGACUAU